AUGAUUUAAAACUCAGCUACUUAAAAGACAUUAUCUAUCAAUAGUCCAAAGCAUUGUGGAACAAUUUUCAAACGCAAUUUGACUUUAGAAGAUUAGAGAUUAAAAUCCAUCUAUCUCAAAGAUAAAGAAACUAUGUUUGAAGAAAUUUAAUAACUUAAGUAAGAAAAGAACAACCUGAUUCAAACAAUACGCAAAUAAUAAUCAUAGUUAUAAUAUUUUAAGAAAGAAGUAACAUAAUUUUAAAGAGAUGAAGCUAGUCCGAAUUACAAUUAUACAAGAUUAAAGUAAAGUUAUAUAGAGAGAUUAGCUUCAAUUUAGGUAUUUAUUAGAGAAGCUAUUUAGGAAGAGAACUAAAAAUUGAAAGAAGAGUUGGGGUAAACUUAAAAUUAUUUGAAAUAACUUAAGAAUCCUAUUGAAUAAUAAAAUAUAGACAUAUAUUGUAUGUAGUUGUCUGAUGACAAUGUACAUUUAACUAAAAUAUUGGAAUAAAUUGAAAAAUAAAACAAUGAACUUUAAGUAUGAAUUAUUCUAGCAAAUAUAGAAAAUAAAUCAUAAAUUGACAAUCAAAUUGAAUGCCCAAACAGUAAAAUGCCAAAAAUUGAGAGGUUUAAAUAAAUAAUUGCUUCUUGAAAUUGAUAUUUUGAGAAGAAAAAAUAUUUAAUAUGAUAAUAAACCUUCACAACGUGAUAUUUAAAAGGGGGAUGAAAAAAUAAUAAUUGAAUUAGAACAAGCUAAAAUUGAUAUUAGAAAUUAUUAAUAAAAAGUGAAGCUUUGGGAAAAUAAAUAUAAUUGUUUAUAAUUAGAACACUAAGAUAAGAUUGCUUAUUUAGAAAAAAAAAAUAAAGAAUUUUAAAAGUAACUUUCAACUUUAGAAUUGUAAUUUGAAUAAGAAAAGUAAUAGUACUAAUAAAUGCAAUAAUAAUUUCAAUAAUAAAGAUAUUUAAGAAGAACAGUUGUAUUGAAAAAUCCUUAAAUUUUUGAAGAUUAAUAAGAAUAAAAGAAUAACGAAAACGAAAUUUAGAUCAAAAAGAAUAUAACAGUAAAUAAAAAUGAUGUUUAGCCUAUUGCAAAGAAAAUCCGUUUAAGAUUGAUUGGUCUUAAAUUACCUUUAAAUGAUGUAGAAAAGUAUCUUUUGACAAGUGAAAACUUGACUUUCAAUUAACUGGAGGAAAACUUACAUUAAAGUAUAUUUGGAUUGGAAGAUUCGAAUGAAAUUCAUAUGUUAGCUGCUUAUCUUGCUGAUAUAGAAGAUGAAAGUGAAAGUACUACAAGUAGUAGAGUUAGAAGUAUAUUCAAAACAUUAAUGGAGAAUUAUAUAAUUUUAGAUCCUUAAUAAUUAGACUCAAUAAAUUUAACAAUAAUGAAUAAGAAAUAAGAACUUUAAGAGAUAUUAAUGAAAAAGUAUCCUGAAACAUUUACAAAUGGAUUUAUGAAAAUUGAAGUAAAAACAAUUUAAUCAAUAGGUGUACCUAGAUAUACUGAAUUAAUUAGAUAUACAUUUUAGUAAAAUUGAGAUAGAUCAUUUAUAAGCUUUGAUAAGUAAAUAAAAUCGUUCUCCUUGUAUUCUUCUACAAUAAAUAUAUGCUCCUUUCUAUAUUCCAGAAAUAUAAUUAAAUAGUAAUUCAAAUAUUGAUAAUGAUGAUGAUGAUGAAUUGGCAAAUCCUUUAAUUGGUGAAAAUCCAAUGCUUUCUGAAAAUCCAUUAUAUUCUGAAAAUCAAAUGUCGAUGUCAAUAGUGGAAGAUUAAGAAUAAAUGAGUGCUCUUGAUAUUAAAAUGUGUAAUUCUCAAGAAUUAAAGAAGAAAAGUUAAUCUGAAUUGCCUUAGGUUUGAUUGUAAUAUAUUUAAUUAAAAUUUAUUCAAUAAUAAGAAUUAAGAUGAAUUCAAAAUACUUAAUUACAAGUCUAUAAAGAAGCAUUGGUUAUUUAUUCUAUUGUCUUUUAUAAUUGAUUCUAUCAACAAUGCUCUUGAUGUAUGUAAGAAGAGAAAUCAAUUUAUUUCAUAUUAGGUCCUCCUUGAUGAUAAAAAGUAAUACAUAUUUGAUAUAUCAAGAGUCUAUAGAAACCAAUUGUUCUCUUUUUAGAGGCUUUAUUGACCUUUACUGUUUGUACUGAUAUUGCACUUAAAGUUUUAACAGAAGGACUAGUAUUAAUUUAAUUAUUUUAUAUUUUAACAAUAAUUAAAGGCAUUCUUCACAGCUCCUUGGAAUAUUUUUGAUUUGUGUGCUUUUUUAUCAAUAAUUGGCUGUAUAACAAUGCAAUAAGAUGUGUAUUAUGAUGAGAUAUAUGGAAUAUCAUUAAUAUCUAUGCGUUAUUUAUCACUUACUGUUCGUUUACUUGUUUUGUUAAAAUAGUAUUACCUAUAAUAAAUAUAUAUUAGAUCUUAUUUUGUUUAAAUGAUGC